AUGGUCGUUCAAUCGCACAUUGGACAGUUGCUAUCGUUGAAGCCCAUGACGAAAGGUUCUCAUGCGGAGUUGACAAGUUUGGUUGAUGUUGUUGAGAAGCAACUGGAAUCUCUAGAGUUCCAUAAUAUGAAAAUGCAAGACAACUUAUCAGAGGCGUUGGUGGUAAACUUGGUUAUCUCCAAGCUCGAUAUCGACACCCGCAAGGCCUGGGAAGCAACAGUGGAACAUGGGGAGCUGCCAAAGUAUAAGAAAACCAUGAACUUCCUUCGACAGCACUGCUAUAUGUUAGAACGGUGCGAACAGUCGUUGGGAUGUGGAAAAAUGAAGAAUGUUGUGUCAAAUACUCGGAUUCCUGCUGUCAGUAGCAGGGCGCACACAGCUACAGUUCACCCAGAAGGCUGUUGUGUGGUGUGCAAUGCAAAUCACAUUAUCGAGAUGUGCGACAAGUUCAAGGGGAUGAAUGUCAACAAUCGAUACACGAAAGCGAAACAAAUUGGAUUGUGUUUUGCUUGCCUGAAACGAGGACAUCGUACAGCAAACUGUAAAAUCGAUAGCAGCAAACUGUGUACCUGUAAACGGAAGCACCAUCCUCUCAUGCACUACGAAAUGAAAAAGGAAUCUACUGAGACGGCAACGGGCAAUGCUGAGACGAGUUCAGUCGCUGAAGGAUCCGGUUCAUCGAGUGGAGAACAGAUUGUAGCUAAGUGUGAAGUUCCUGUUCCAAAUCGUUCCGUGAAACAAGUACUUUUGGCGACUGCAGUUGUGGAUAUUGUUGAUUGUAGAGGAGUUGCGCACAAGUGCCGUGCGUUGCUCGAUUCUGGUGCGAUGGCGAGUUUCGUAUCAGAAAGAACGUGUGAUUUGCUGAGUUUGCGCAAGGAGUGCGUGAACGUUCCAGUUGUCGGCGUUAACGGAGGGAAGACAUUUGUACGGUUCAAAAUUAACGCUACUGUGAAAUCCAGAACGAAUGAAUGCAGUUUUUCACUGGAUUGCCUUGUGGUGCCUCGAGUCACUGGAGCAUUGCCAUCAUUGAAGCUAGACGCAACUAAUUGGCCGAUUCCGAAGAAGUUGAAGCUAGCAGAUCCAAGGUUUUUUGACCCGAGUCGCAUUGAUUUGCUUAUUGGAGCCGAGAAAUUCUACGAGCUACUUCAAGAAGGGAAGAUUCUUAUGUCAACAGAUCUCCCGUUGUUGCAAGAAAGUUUGUUGGGAUGGUUGGUUGCUGGACCAGUAUACAACACUCCAAAUGUUGUUAGCGUUCAGGUGUAUCAAGCUGAAUCUACAGUGGAGUCUGUGACACGACUUGAAGAUUUGAUGCGACGUUUUUGGAUGGUUGAAGAGCAAACGCAUGAUCCCUUGGAGAAUAAUGAUUGCGAACGUCACUUCCGGGCUACUUAUUCUCGAGCUGAAGAUGGGAGGUUUGUUGUACAGUUACCAUUUCGUGAGGGUGCAGGCAGUCUGGGUGAAUCUCGUAAUCAAGCUGAGAAGCGUUUCAAGGCAUUGGAGAACCGAUUGGAUAGAAAUCCUGAUAUGAAGAAGAUGUACUCCGAGUUUAUACACGAAUAUCUAGAUCUCGGACACGCAAGGAUUCUGAAUGAGAAUGAAAUCAAAGUUGAUGGAGUAUACUAUCUUCCACAUCAUUGUGUGUUAAAGCCAGAUAGCUCGUCGACAAAAUUAAGAGUGGUGUUCGAUGCAUAG